AUGACCAACAGCUAUUUUGCAGAGGAAACCUACAAAUUGCUUUCCUUUUCUCCGCCAUUGUGGUGUGGGCAGUUGACGGUCGUCUCCGUGUCUUCUCACAAGACUUUCCGGAUCAAGCAAUUCAGGGCCAAGGAACAAAAGCAGAAUCAUCCUAUUCCCCAGUGGAUUCAGAUGAAAACCGGUAAUAAAAUCAGGUACAACUCCAAGAGGAGACACUGGAGAAGAACCAAGCUGCGUCUAUAA